AUUUACAGGUAGUGACCGGCGCUAAAAGUAAAGCUAAGCUCAGAACAUCCCACGAACUUGUUAGUAAUAUUCGUGGUUAUAUCCUGACUGUCCCAAUUUGUGAGAAGCGCACGUGAUUAUAACAUGUGACUAUCGCAUGACCAGUAAACGGGAAACUAAGUCAGUUGUAUGUACCGUACUGUCAGAAGCUGAUUACUUGGGAUUUCUAGUUCAAAAGUUUGACAAAAUCAGGAUGUUAACAAGGCUGUUUGUCCUAGCUGUGUGUUUAAUCCAGGCUACUGAUGGACGUGGUGCCUUCAGAAAGAUGUUUCCAGAAAAAUAUCCAGAAAUGCUCCAAAAUGGAGUUGAUCCUGGACAGCCCCUUUUCCUGACUCCCUACUUAGAGAGUGGUGAUAUCGAGAAGGCCAAGGAAAUGAGCCUGACUACAUCUCCAAUCAUUACAAAGGGCUACUCUGGCUUCCUGACUGUCAACAAGACAAUCAACAGCAACAUGUUCUUCUGGUUCUUCCCAGCACAGACUGACCCAGUUAAUGCUCCUGUGUUGCUGUGGUUACAAGGAGGUCCUGGGGGUUCAUCACUCUUUGGUCUGUUUGUAGAACAAGGACCUAUCUUGGUGGACAAACAUGGAAACUUGCAGAGGCGAAAUAUCACCUGGAACAGCAAGUACUCCAUGCUGUAUAUUGACAACCCUGUAGGAACUGGUUUCAGCUUCACAGGAGAAGAUUCUGGCUAUGCUACUAAUGAGGAAGAUGUGGGAAGAGAUUUAUACAGCUGUUUAACACAGUUCUUCCAGAUCUUCAAUGAAUACCAGAAGAAUGACUUUUACAUCACGGGAGAGUCGUAUGCAGGGAAGUACGUCCCCGCCAUCUCCUACAAGAUCCACGUGGAGAACCCAACAGCUAAAGUGAAGAUCAACUUCAAGGGGAUGGCUAUCGGAGAUGGCCUCUGUGAUCCAAUAACGAUGUUCCCGAAAUAUGCUGACUUCAUGUUUAACAUCGGCGUUCUGGAUGAGAGUGAGCGGGACUAUUUCCAGUCACAGUCCGACCUAGCUGUGAAGGCAAUGCAGGAACAGAGGUUUGGGGAUGCUUUCAAGGUUUUUGAUGAGCUGUUAAAUGGGGACCUCACACAAGGACCUCCAUACUUCCAAAAUGUGACAGGGACUUCCAAUUACUACAAUUUCCUGCUAACAACGGAGCCUGCCUCCUUUAACUACUAUGGCCCGUUUCUCGCACGACCAGAAGUUCGAAGAGCGAUACACGUAGGCAAUCUCACUUACAAUGAUGGCAGCGCUGUGGAGAAGCAUCUCAUGAAUGAUGUCAUGCAGUCCGUCAAGCCAUGGAUAGCAACACUAAUGGAUAACUAUAGGGUGCUGAUCUACAAUGGACAACUGGACAUCAUCAUUGCUGUUCCGCUGACCGAGGCAUGGCUCCAGACAGUCCAAUGGAAGGGUCUUGAAGAAUACAAGAAGGCACCAAAACUCAUCUGGAAGGUUAACCCGAAUGAUACAGAUGUGGCAGGCUAUGUGCGACAAGUUGGCAACUUUUACCAGGUGAUCGUGAGGGGAGCUGGGCAUAUACUGCCAUAUGACCAGCCUGUCCGUGGAUUUGACAUGAUCCAGAGGUUCAUUGAAGGGCGCUAGGAAGAUUAACACAGCAAGACUACUUGCAUAUCUCGCUGCUCCUGAAACGCCACAUCACAUCUUUUGUAUGGAUUUAUUAUGCAUAUUAUCAGUGCUGAUGGCAAAAUAUCUUGAUGGUUUUGGUUACUUUUAAAUCAUAACUUGGGUCCAUACUUUCAGAAUGUAUAUAUUUUGAUAAAUCUAUGUACAUGUGAUAUUAUUGAUUUCAUAUUUUGAUGACAUGAGUAGUUUUGGAAAUAAAGUUUGAUGCUCAGA